GGGACCUCCUAAAAAGUAUGUUUUGCUUCCUGAAAAGUCUGCUCGUGAAUGACCGAACUACCUGAUAAUAUGUAUUAAAGGUCCCUCCCACAGAACUGUUCGGUGGUCCCUCCUCAACUUCUGAAGGCGAGCCCGGCGUUGUGUCACGGGCCGGUGGCAACAGCGGUAGGAAGAAGCCUCGGUUUGGUGAAAGGCUAAGCGAAGAAACCGGCAGCACAGUGGGUUUAGGGGGUCGCCCUGACGAGAUAAAAGUUCCUGAUCGGCUUUCACUUGUUGCCCCUCACUCAUUGUUCUCCAAAUGUCGGAUUUCAAGCUUGGAAUUGUUCGUCUCGGCCGUGUGGCCGGGAAGACAAAAUACACUCUAAUAGAUGAACAGGACAUACCCUUGGUGGAAAACUAUGCCUUUGAGGCACGUAUGGAGGUAGACUCCGAUGGUAAUGGAGCAAAGAUUUUUGCCUACGCCUUCAAUGUCGGCAAAGGGCGCUGGGCCGGCCGACCACUCCACGAGUUGCUGUGGGAGAAGCACAGAGGAGGCAUUGCUCCUAGUUUUCAGGUUGUCCACAUAAACUCUGUCACCGUCGACAACCGACUGGACAACCUGCGUCUUGUUCCUGUGGGCUGGAGCCCCAAACCCGAAGAGCUUUCCAGCAAGCAAAGGGAGCAGUCUCUGUAUUGGCUGGCCAUCCAGCAGGUACCAGCCGACCCCGUGGAGGAGCAGUACCUGGAGCUGAGCCGCUCACGCUACUACAAUGCCAACGGGGAGCUGGUGGAGGAGGAGGAGUGCUCCUGUACUUACUACGAGUGCCACUACCCGCCUUGCUCGCUCAUUGAGAGACGACUCCGAGAGUUCAACAUCUGUGGCCGAUGCCAGGUGGCACGUUACUGUGGGUCCCAGUGCCAGCAGAGGGACUGGCCAGCCCAUAAGAAGCAGUGCCGUGAGAGAAAGAGAGCCCUUGCCCUGGAACCAGAGCCGGAUCGAUGAUCUUUGGGCCGGGCCAGGAUGCGGGUUGCAGGAUGGAUAGGACAAAAGACUUUAUAGUUCAAAGCAAGUGGAAAGCAAAAUCAUACCUCCCAGAACUAUCCUCUCAGUGGCUGGCAUAAAAAAAUGUCUGACCUGGGAAAUUAUGGGAAAUGUAGUAUUUAUAUGUGUGAAGGGGGAGACCCCAUCUCUGCUCCACUAACACUCGCAGACCUACAGCUGCAGAUUUUUGUGCGUGGUGCACAAGGGUGAAACAUCACAUCAGUGGACAAGAUUUAAGAUGAUAACAGCCAGCGAACAUCCUUUUCUCUUGCUUUCACCAUCUUGUUCAGUAACAUGAUCUGGAAUACAGACCCCCCCCCCCCAAAAAAAAUCUUUGCAUGUCUGGCACAAAUGUUGCAAAUAUUGUUACUGUAUUCCAUACCCCCAACCCCCAACCACUGCUGCACAAAGACUACUCAUGACUGAAGAUUUGGGGGUUGGGGGCGGCCCAAGGUCAGAGAGGGUGCUUUGAAUGUACUAUGGCCCUCCCUGUAUGUUUGUUUGAGCUACAUGGCAGAAUCUACAUGUGUUGGACUUCUUCUGUAUUUCCAUGUAGGAACAGUAACUCAGCCAAAGUCAUUGCAACAGUCAUUGACUGACACUACACAUUACUGUUUAUGUAUAACAUUGUACACACUUGUUUGUUUUGGGUGGUUCUAUUUUCUCCAAAAACAAGGACUUGUCACUUUUACACAAGCCUGCAGGUUCUGCACAAUAGGUCACAUUGUCCAGCCUGACACCAGCUGUAAAUGGAAAUUUAAGGGCUUCAUUUACUGUGACAGCGACCGCCCUUCUCAUACACGUGUACGUGGACUAACCAUUGUGUAGACCCACACCGGUAAAUGGCGCAUCUCAGUCCAAGGGUACUGACAGGGAUGGUAAUUGUUUUUAGAAUUAGAAUUAUUUAUCUGGGUGGGUUCAAUGCUGUGCACUGAUUUCAACUUGCCUCCCUCCCACCAACAUUUGUCUCUCCUCUCUGUUAUCUUAUAUGGAGGGAGCAACAAUGAUUUUGGAUAAGUUGGAUAAGAUGUUUUUUUUAUUGUUAAAUAGAAAAAUCCAUAUGUAGAAUAAAUGACUUGCCAGAACAGGAUAAAUGUUGGAAACAACUAACCAAAAAUGGAAAAAUAAAAGCGAAUAAAAUAUUUAUGUUCCCAUGCGAGUGCAGUCUUAAACACAGAAUGUGACUUGGACAGAAAUUGGCAAUUGGCUGCAGUUACAGUGGGUAAAAAUACAACGGUGCAGAGUAAUAUCCUAAGUAAUUAUCAAUACAAUAGUCCAUCAAGUUCUGGGUCAUGGUCAGUAUUGAUGGCUUGUUGCAGAAGCACAGUGAAGAUGAAAUGAGUAGCCUGGCACAUGGGUGCACCUCUUCACUGGGAUUAAUCCAAACUGCAAAUAUGCCUGUGUUAACUUUGCUUAUUUUACUACUUUGGUUCCAAGCAAAGUGAGAAUAUGAAGGAUUAAAAACUGGCAUGUG